UUGCUAGCUGACACUUGAACAGAGAAGGUGAGGUCAAAUUUGACAGUCUCUGUCUCUCCCUGUCUGUGCGUCUGUCUAUGAGUGAAGCUGCUAACAGCGCAUCAUCAUCAUCAUCAUCAUCAUCAUGGCGGAUCAAGGCGAAUCUCCGGUUCCCCUCUACCCGCAACCAGCGCUGAUAACCAGCUGGCCAAUUACCAGGGAGUCGUACGAACUGCAAGAAGUCAUAGGCAGUGGGGCCACAGCUGUGGUGCAGGCUGCCCUCUGUACCCCCAGACAGGAGCGCGUGGCCAUAAAGAGAAUCAAUCUGGAAAAAUGCCAGACUAGCAUGGAUGAGCUAUUGAAAGAAAUUCAGGCAAUGAGUCAGUGCAGCCAUCCCAAUAUUGUCACCUACUAUACCUCCUUUGUUGUGAAGGAUGAACUUUGGUUAGUCAUGAAGCUUAUGAGUGGAGGCUCGAUGCUGGAUAUAAUUAAGCACACAAGCAAAGAAGAGGCCAAAAAUCGAGCUCUAGAUGAGCCUAUCAUUGCUACAAUAUUGAAAGAAGUGCUAGAGGGCCUGGACUAUCUGCACAGAAAUGGACAGAUUCACCGGGAUGUGAAAGCCGGGAACAUACUACUGGGAGAAGAUGGGUCUGUUCAGAUCGCAGAUUUUGGAGUAAGCUCAUUCCUAGCCACCGGAGGGGAUAUGACUAGAAACAAAGUACGAAAGACCUUUGUUGGCACCCCAUGUUGGAUGGCACCGGAGGUGAUGGAACAGGUUCGAGGCUAUGAUUUCAAAGCAGAUAUAUGGAGUUUUGGAAUUACUGCUAUAGAGUUAGCAACAGGCUCUGCACCCUAUCACCGCUACCCUCCCAUGAAGGUUUUAAUGCUUACCCUACAGAAUGAUCCACCCACUCUAGAGACGGGCGUAGAGGACAAGGAAAUGCUAAAAAAAUAUGGCAAAUCUUUUAGAAAGCUAAUAACUAUGUGCCUUCAGAAGGAUCCUUUAAAAAGGCCUACAGCAGCAGAGCUUUUGAAGUGUAAAUUCUUCCAAAAGGCCAAGAACAAAGAAUAUCUGGUUGAAAAACUUUUGUGUUGUGCACCAAAGAUUUCCCAGAGAGCAAAGAAGGUAAGGAGAGUCCCAGGCUCCAGUGGCCAUCUGCACAAGACAGAGGAUGGAGACUGGGAGUGGAGCGAUGAUGAGCUGGACGAGGGCAGUGAGGAGGGGAAGGCAGCAGUGAAUCAGGGCAGGGUAGGCCGAGACACCACUAAGACACGAAGGAUCAAAGAUGAGGCCAAAGAUAAUGAGGAGAAUGCCAACCAUGUCCCUAUUGAAGGGUUAUCUAUUCAGCAUCCCCAGGUUGAACCUUACAAGGGUACACCCUACAUUCAAGGUGCUGUGAACAUGGUACUCCGGCUAAGGAACUCUAGAAAGGAGCUGAAUGACAUCCGGUUUGAAUUCACUCCUGGGCGAGACACAGCUGAUGGCGUUUCCCAGGAGCUGUUUUCAGCCGGUCUAGUCAACGGGCUUGAUGUUGUUAUUGUUGCUGCCAACCUACAGAAGAUUGUAGAUGACCCAACUACCUACAAAGUACUGACCUUUAAGCUGGCUUCUAGCUGUGAUGACACAGAGAUCCCGGACGAGGUAAAGCUGAUUGGCUUUGCACAGCUGAGUGUUAGCUGAUGCUCUCUUUGUACCUGAAGCAGGUGAAAUGGGGGACAGUUCAGGGCAGACAGACUGAGGAAUACAUCACCACUUCCUACAGAUCUUCCCCAGAACACUUCCUGAAAAGUCACUCUCCUUCCUACCUCACUCCUUUUCACUUUCCCUGAAGUCAAGCUGUGCUACCACCCCACCUACACCUCCUUAGCACCACCGUCCCUGCUUACUGCCCCAAUGUAACCUUAAUGACAUUCCACUGUCCAAGCACAGACCAGGAUCAGGAUACAGCACAGGAACCUAAAGAUGUACUCAGGUGGUGAAAGAAGGUGAUUAACAUGUAGCUUUGAAAGUGUUAUUUAUUUUUUUGUUUUGUUUUACAUCACAUUACCUCUUUGUUCAACAGAGUUCUCGUUAUUUAUUGAAAUGAGAACUCUUUUCUCAUUUUGUUGCUACAGUGAAAACAAAUAGCUUUGACUUAUAUUUUCGAAAGCCACGCAUUUGUGUUGUGUACCUGAGGUCUUUGUCAGAAUGUAAGAUU